UAUAAAUGUCGUUCUACUCACACACAAAACUGAUAAAACACUUAUACAACAAGAAGAGGAAUGAUAAGGCAUUCACAAUAAUGGGGCUUGAUUUUGGGAGGAAGUAUGUUGGAUCGGCCAUCUCAUGUGCAUCCCUUAAGAAGACCUACGCCACUAAGGUGUAUAACAUAAACCCUCAGUACAAUUAUGUAGUCUAUGACUUCGCAAUCCAUUCACAGUUUUAUAAGAAAUUUGCAGCAGAUGUAAAGGCAAAGAAGGUCAAAGCUUUGGUAGUCGGCUAUCCUUUAAGGGAAGGUACUCAGAUUACACCCAUGGCGACAUAUGUCCAAAGUUUUUGUAACUUCAUACUGAGCAAUAAGGUUUUUGAAGGACCUGUAACUCUUAUCAAUGAUUAUCAAACUUCUGAACAAAAAGCGCUGAAAGUGUUACUUCAGAACCAAAAGAGCCCGGAUAAGUUCUUCCUUGAGAGCAUCGAAGACUCUUUGAAAACUAAGGGGGAGCUCUUUGGGGAUUAUCUACAGACAGAGCUGGUUAAUAAGAAGACUAUUUAUGAUACCCACGCUGCACAAGAAAUUUUAGAAAAGUUUUUAGAUAUGUAUAAUCAGCAAGUCACUCAGUAUGAAGAUAGAAGGGAGAAAGCAGACAAGCCAACCAGAAGUGCCUUGGUUGAGACCAGUGAGCAGUAGUUGUGUUUUUAAAUAUUUU